CUUUGAUCAGGAGCGGGAGGCGGGGCUCACUUUAUCUCUAGAGUGGCUUAGUAAGUUCGUAAUCGUAACAUCCUUGGCAUUAGUUCGUCUGAGCCGGAGACGGUUGGACGUCUGAUAGUGAGAGAGGUGAAUCUUGACAGUUCUGUACCUCGAGCAAGGUUCUAAGAUACCUAAAAGAUGGCAAGAGUCGGGAAUUGCCCGUAUGAGAAACAAAGCUCCCAACCAGAAGAUGGCAAAGAUCGGCCUAACAACUAUACUCAGCUAGGUCUGUUUGACUUCCGUCACAAUUAUGGCAAAUUCGUCAACAUUAUCCUGAGCGCCAAGGACCGUUCCACCAAAACAGAAAUAAUGAAGGUUGUGAAGCGACUCAAAGAACUAGCACACUCGAUGCAUGGGAGAACCCGUGUCCUCGUGGCUUUUGAUCCUGAACUUUGGAAUCUAUGGGGAUGCCCUGUACCUCUGGAAAAGCGGCCUAAGUCAAAAUACUUGACAAGAAAUUCCAAGAAAUUUAUAUCAACACCAGGUGAUGUUUUCUUUUACAUAAAAUCGGAUGUUCUUAGUCAUUCUAAUCAGCUUCUAUGCAUAUUAAAGGAGAUGAUGGAAAAUAACUGUAAGCAUUGUGUGGCGACAGUCUCGAUUACAGAGUCUGUUGAGCACGGAAACACGAACAUCAUCGGAGGACUAUUCCGAGAGGGUAUUGGCAACUUCUCUGAUGAAGUGUCAACAAAUCAGCACAUUCUGAUUAAUGAAAUCGGUAAAGGCAUGCCAGGGGGGACGUACAUGAUGACACAAAAAUUUGAAAUCAACUGGGAUGUUGUCGGCACAAAGUCCAAGACGCAGAAGGAGGACAUGAUUGGCAGGCGAGUGAUGACCCAGACAAUCAUACCAUCUAACUAUGAGAGACGUCAUAUCAAUAGGGCCCAUCACGUUGAUGACUUUCCUCCCCCAUGCAACAUACUUAAGGGAUUCAGGCGCGUUUUUCGACAGUCUCUUCCUUAUGGAAAGUCGAAGACCGGCCAUGGCCGAGAGGAAGGUGUUUUCUAUCUCUCCAUAACCAAGUCCACUACUCUUUUCGUAGAGUUGUUAGAACACUUAGCUGGAGUGCAAAUGUUUUCUCCUAACGGGGAAAUAACUGUUGAUGAACUGAUUAGUGAUCUCAUUCCUUUAGAAGGUACCUUUUGGUAUGUCCCAAGUAGGCAAGAGUUAGAUAUAGAUACCCCUGGAGUCUGCAAAGUAGAUCUGGAUCCCCACUGGGAUGUGACCAGUAAAAAUGGAUAUAUGUUUUACAACCAAAAGUAUUACAUGCAUGCAAUGACCAAUGGUCAUUAUGAGAAUGAUGAGGCUCCGACCGCACGAGUUCUGAGUCUACUAGGCUAUACUUUUGAACAGUGGAACCACCACUGGUUCAGGCUGCAGACUGCGCCCGAAAUUCCAAGUCUACAAGACGUGCUGAAGCCAGAUGAAGAAUAUUUUAAUGAUGCCUCUAUCCCUAUACGCAAAGGCCUCGCCAUUAAAAAGUCACUGGGAGAAGUUUUCACCACAAAUGAUGUCACAAUCAAUCCGUCAGAGUUUUAUGGAUUUAAAGCCGAUCUCUUCAAUAUUCACCCAAGGGAACUUAUUGUUGGAAGGAUGCCUCGGUUUUCUCUCGGUUUGGGAAAAGUUGUUAUGAACUAUCUAAAUGAUGAUGAGAGAAUGAGCGCCUUUUUAAUGGGCCUUAGCGAAGUCUCAGGUGUAGGUCACAUCAUACCCCAGCAUGAUAAAUUACUCAGACUUGGUCUUGACGGCCUGCUUGAAGAUCUCAAAGAAAGAAAGACAAAGGAAGGACUCUCAGUAGAAAAGCAAGAAUUUUUUUUGAAUCUUGCAUCAUGGCAUUUGAAGGAAUGCAGAUGUAUAUGGAAAAUUAUGCAAAAUUAGCUGCUCAUCUGUCAUCACUGGCAAGGGAGUACUCCAAAUCAGAGCUGAAGAACUUCGAGGCUAUUUCUCAGCGCAUGCAAAAGUUAGCCCAUGAACCCCCUGAGACACUCCUUGAGGCAGUCCAGAUGAUCUUUACCCUCCACUGCUGUUUGCAUUUGAUAGGUGAACCAGUUGCAGUAGGAAGAUUUGACCAAUUUCUUGAGCCUUAUCAAAACUCAUGCUCAGUCGAUGAGGCCCAAGAGAUCAUUGACUGUUUCUGGAUUAAACUUAGUGAACGAGUUUUGGUAAAUCGUCAUAACAUUGUUGAUUUAACCCAGUGGGGAAAUGUUGCAGUUCCCUAUGCUAGUAAUGGACAAUUUCCUAAUGGCGAUUCUAUCAACCAGUGGGUUCAACAGUUAACGAUUGGUGGCUACAAAGCGCAAAAUGGUGAAGCCAAACCAGCUUCCAACAAGAUAACAAUGCUAUGCUUGAAAGCUGCAAAGAGACUACCACUCAAUGCCCCUUGUCUCUCACUGCGUUUGCAUGAUGGUCUCUCUGCUGAUAUGAUCGUAGAAGCAGCCAAAGCUUUGCUAAAAGUGGUGGUGCCCAUCCAAUUUUGCCUCACGAUGAAAGACUUAUUCCUGGACUUAUGAAAGCAGGAAGUAAGUUGAGUGUGCCUAUGCCUCUCUCAGACGCCCGUGAUUAUGGGUGUGACGGAUGUUAUGAGCCAAUGAUAGGUGGAAAAUCAGAAUUUGCAUUCACCUACAUCCCUUUGCCCCAAAUCAUUGAGUUAACUAUGAACCAGGGGACCCUCUAUGCUCAGUCAGGGCCUAAUUUCUUGAAGGGUCAAGCAGCUUCUUUCACAACUCCUCACCCUAAUACUAUCACAACAUUUGAGAAAUUCAAAGAAAUAUUUGCAAAACACCUCAAAAUUAAACUGGAGGGUAAUCUGUUUGGAGUUAUACAAAACUAUGGAAACAUAUGGAAAUACUGCCCUACACCCCUUCUUUCUCCUGUCGUUGGUGGCUGUUUGGAAACAGGGAGGGAUCUGUACAAUGGUGGAUCACAAUAUCACAUUUUAAGCUGCAUGUUCGUUGGUUUCUCAACAUGUAUAGAUUCACUGUAUGCCAUAAAAAAGAUGUGUUUUGAAGACGCCACUGCUGUUGUAAGCCUGUCUGAACUACUUGUUUGUUUGAAAUGUGACUGGGGUUUUCAACUGCAAGAACCUUUCGUUGAUGACAUAGCUGGGCCUAUUCGCACUAAAGAACGGAAAGAUCAGUUUGGAGUUCUACGUCAGCAUGCCCUGUCCUUCGAGAAAUUUGGCACAGAAGCAGCUGCUGAUAAUGCAGAGAUUAGGGAACUUGUGGCUUGGCUAUCUGACCUCAUCAUCGAAACGUUUGAUGAUGUUGUGUACAAUCAAGAUGAAGAUAGGCCGUUUGUGAAGAAACUGAAAGAACUCAGAGAAAAAUACACAGAUCCAGAGACUAAUACUCCUUUUGAGUUCCUUUUCACCCCUGGCAGUGGAACGUUUGAAGGAUAUGUAGGUUGGGGACUGUCUUGUGGAGCAUCGGCUGACGGUCGUCGAGAGAGCAUGCCAAUAGCCUCUGACUUCAGCCCAUCCCCCACUGCUCAAGACCUCGCACCAAACCCUCCGUAUUCAGAUGUCUUCAAAGCACUACAGAACUGGGACCACCCUUCGAUCAACAAGGGCUUUAGCUGUGGAGCUGAGAUCGACUUGAAUGUGGCAGAGGACUUCCCUCUGGAUGAUUUGAUCCGUCUAAUCUACAAAUUUUCGCACCAGGAGGGAAGCAUAGGGGGUAACCUCCUUACAGUGACAUGCGCGGACGAAAAGACUUAUGAACUAGCAACGAUGUUCCCGGAGAAAUAUGGACUGCUCCGCGUUCGCAUGGGUGGCUGGACAGAGUUCUUUACCGCAAUGUUCGACGCCCAUCAGGAGCAACAUAGACGCAGACCUUAUUUUGCUGUCUAGACCCACACUGAAAUUCAGCUCGCAUCUGAUUGCAAGCUCGGCUUCAGUUUGUCUGUUGGGUUGAUACUCGUCUUAUGCUAUUUGAAUCCCCUUUUUUCUGUAACAUAUAGCAAACUUUAUUAAUGUUAUAUCAUCAAGGUAUGUAAUCGAUCAUGAAUCGUACCUUAAGAGCCGAAUAGCGUUUGCAGGCUGCGUAAAUUGCAGUGUGGGUGAAAUUCUACUCUGAUGUUAAGGCUCAUUAGCAGAGGUCCUAAAAACAUAUUAUGAGUCAUUGUCAAAGAAAAAGAUAAUCUGUAUCAUGCUUUUCUGAAAACUUACGCUAUCAGAAUAUUAGAUAACAUACAGUAAAUAACCAAACCUCCUACAUAAAAAUGUUCAUAUGAAGAAUUGAGGUUUGAAAUUUCAAAGGCCAGGGGAUUUUUCUUUUAAUUUCAUAAGAAACGUUGACUUUGGAAUUGGUAUAUCCGUAUUUGUCUUUCUGUUGCAACUGCCUGAUUGAGAUUAACGCCCCUUUGACAUAAAUGUGAUGUAAUUUGGUCAAAAUGUUUGCAUCAACGCCGUUGCUAAGAGCGUAAUCCUCUGAUAGUAAUUUGGCUAAUGGAAUUCAUCCUGAGAGCAUGUUUUAAUUUGCCAACUUUCGACAAAGGCUGUGAACGCGACAUAAGAAUGGGCGACUGAAUGCAAGAAAUUUAGCGUCUCCCACCAACCGCCCCCCAGCACAGAAAAGGCGAAAACGAGGUGUGAUUGUUGUCAAAGUCAAAAGACAAAAUGUUUGCAUCAACGCCGUUGCUAAGAGCGUAAUCCUCUGAUAGUAAUUUGGCUAAUGGAACUCAUCCUGAGAGCAUGUUUUAAUUUGCCGACUUUCGACAAAGGCUGUGAAUGCGAGAUAAGAAUGGGCGACUGAAUGCAAGAAAUUUAGCGUCUCCCACCAACCGCCCCCCAACACAGAAAAGGCGAAAACGUGGUGUGAUUGUUGUCAAAGUCAAGAGAGUGGUGGCUGGCAAGGGGGUUUAAAACAAGAAGGUGAACCUGAGAAGAAAAAUGUAAAAAUAAAUCGGGUGGGGGUUUGCUGCAUAAUCCUAAAUUUGAUUGAAACUUCAGAUGAGCUUUGAAGAUGAAAUGACAAACAGCAACAAAAUAAGCUUCACUUUCACCAUUCUCUUGUACCAGACCAUCUCAUAUAAACUUGUAGCCUGAAUAUGUAUGCCACAAGGCGAUGGGUUACAGAAAACAUUGCUAUUUAAUGUGGAUUUUACUUGUUUCUCACAUAUGCUUUUGAGAAAGAUUGUUUAAAAAUUAUAUGGUUUUCACUA